AUGUCGGAGAAAGAGAAAGAGAAAGAUAACGCGGUGACAGAGAAAGUGGUAUCGGAAGCCGAUGAACUGCCAAAGACUAUCGUGCGCCGGGUAGUGAAGGAUAAGCUAUCACAGCUCUCUAAGGAUUCCGAAGUCACCGUUCUCCGCGAGUCCCUUCGGGGCUUCUGUGAAAGCGCACGAAUUUUCAUCCAUUUCCUCUCCGCUACAGCCAACGACGUAUGUAAGGAGUCAAAGAGGCAAAUAAUCAACGCAGAAGAUGUAUUCAAGGCAUUGGAAGAGAUAGAAUUUGCGGAGUUUGUUGCCCCGCUGAGAACUUCUCUUGAAGAAUUUAGGCAAAAGAAUGCUAAAAGGAAGUCUGAGUCCUUGAAGGCAAAGGAGACGAGCAAAAAAGGUAAAAUGAAAGAGCCACCUGCAACAAAUGGAAGUGGAAGUGAAGAAGAUGAAGAUGAAAGCAGUGCAGAAUAG